CUCGAAAUAGUGCAGUUGAGUGAAAACACUACUGCUCAUUAAUAUUUUCAAAGACCUGCGACCUUAUUGAAACGAAAAGAAGGGAACACAGCGAAAUCAACCAGUUAAAACAAUUUCGUCGACAGAAUAUUGUGUAUUGGAAGGUCAUUAAUGAGGGGAACAUUCGAAUAGUUUCGUUGAUGAUUGUGUCAAGUUUAUUAAUAUAGGCUCACUUAACCAUGAGGAUGAUUGAGAGUAGGCUAGAAGACUCCAGACACAAACUCAUGGAGACCAGCAACAAUAUAGAGAAAGCUGCUGCGUUUUGUUCGGAAAAAUAUUUGGUAGUUGUUACACUGCUGAUAACUUUAGAGUUAGCAACGCAAUCUGUAUGCGCAGUAGCUCACGAGGUUAAUCGUUUCGCCAGUCAAUUUCUUGAAGCCUUAGAGUACCAGUCGUAUCAAACUACUGAUUUGUCAGAUAAAAUUUCCAAGCUGAAAAUGGCAAGUAUGCAAUAUUUACUUAGAGAAGGUGUCGCGCAAGGCUGUUGGGUCGUGCACAGUGUCGAGGGUUCCGAUUGUUUAUCAACAUGAGGCAGUGCUUCCUGAACCUCCACAAAAGUAUAUAAGACAACCAAUCAAUUUUUCAAUCUUGGACAACGUUGGUCAUGGAAUACCCACACAAGUAAUCUGUACUCGUUAAAUAUACUUUAGUUGCUUAUCAAAUGCUUUUAGCAUAUAGAUAAUAUGUACAUAUAUAC